AUGGAGGCGUUCGAGCGCAGGCUGGAAGUGCUCGCAGCGCAGCUGGUGCCGGACAUGGAGCAGCUCGCGCUCAACCCGACCGCCGCCGCCGCUGCUGCUGCCGUCCCCGCCGACUCGCCCUUCGGCGAGCCCGGCUCGUACGCGGUCGUGCUGCCAGAGGUGCUCGACGGCGAGGGCUCCUGGGACGUCUACAGGGCGGCCGAAUCGCCGCGCCGGCUGGUGUCGACGUUCCCGCCGCCCAACGACGGCAUCAGGACGCUCCACGACAAUUGGGAGGCUGCCGUCUCGCAGUACCCAAACGUGCCGGCGCUGGGCACGCGCAAGCGGGACGCCGCGGGGAAGCUGGGGGCCUACACGUGGCUGACAUACGCGCAGGCCGGGGACAUCCGCACCGCCGUCGGCUCUGGACUGCUCGAGCUGGGGCUGCGGCCAAAGGCCAUGGUGGGCCUCUACUCAGUCAACUGCAAAGCUCUGCUGCUGCUGCUGCUGCUGCUGCUGCUGCUGCUGCUGCUGCUGCUGCUGCUGCUGCUGCUGCUGCUGCUGCUGCUGCUGCUGCUGCUGCUGCUGCUGCUGUCGCCGCCGCCGCCGACGCAGGCCGGCGUCGUGCACGGCAGCAACGCGCUGCACGCCUGCGUGGCUGCAGCUGGGCGGGCGGCCGGCUGCAGCUCAGGGAUCGGGGGCGUUUAG